GGGGAGAGCGUGGUGUGGUGAGGUUCUCUGCGCUGCGGAGGGCGUAUGGCGGCCGAAGCGGGUCAGUGCGGUAGCCCCGUUCUCAGAGCGUCUCUCGGUCUUUGUUGACCGGGGCGGAUCCUAGCUACGGCGAGCAGCGAGGCCCACAGGUCAAGAAGCCAUUCGGUUCCUGUUUAAUAAUCAAAUAAAAUGGCAUCCAAACGGAUCACACAGGAAACAUUUGAUGAUGUGGUGCAAGAAAACAUCACAGAAUUUGAAAUGGAUCCAGAUGAGGCUGCGAAAGAAGCCGUCCAGCAAUUUGAAUCUCAGGGUGUUGAUCUGAGUACUAUUGUAAAAGCUGCACGGAAACCCACCUCUGAAAAUGGCCAAGAGCAAAAACACGACAUUUUGCAGACAUUAGACUCACUCAGGAAAUCCAUUGCUGACUCUGCACUCAGUGAGGUGGGUGAGCAGCUAGUGCGCUUCAGUGAGCAAUGCAGAGAACAGCUGGCUGUCCGCUACUUGGCUGGGCAGAAAGGUGCCUGUCCUGUGGUGCUGGCUGCCUGCAAGCUGGCCUCAGGAGACAGAAGUGCCAUGCUCAAGGCCCUGCAUGCUUUUUCUGCCCUCAUGGAUGGGCAGCCAGACCUGCUCGACUCUGCUGGCCAAGAGCUGUUGCUGCGAACGCUGAAGGAAAACGCAGAUGACGCUGAAAUGACUCUAGCUGGGAUCCGGUGCAUCCGACACGCCUGUCUGAAACAUGAGCAGAACCGCCAGGAACUGGUGAAAGGUGGCAUCCUGCCAUUGCUGACGGGUGCCAUUGUCCGGCAUGGUGACUGUGCUGGCGUGGUCCGAGAGGCCGCCUCAGCGCUCAGGGUCAUGACAUUUGAUGAUGACAUUCGUGUGCCCUUUGGCCAGGCCCAUGAUCACGCCAAGAUGAUUGUAUCAGAAAACAACGGUUUAAGGAUCCUCAUAGAGGCUGCCAAAGCAUUCACAGACGACUCCAGUGUUCUCCGUGAGCUUUGUGCCACCUUGGCUCGCCUGUCCGUCCGGAACGAGUUCUGUCAAGAGAUUCUGGACCUUGGAGGCUUGAAUUUCAUGGUGGCCCUGCUGGCUGACUGCAUUGACCAUCAGGAGCUGGUGAAGCAGGUGCUGAGCGCCAUGUGGGCCAUCGCAGGGAAUGAUGACGUGAAAGACGCCAUAGUCAACACUGGAGGAACAGAUCUCAUUGUGCUGGCUAUGAGCCAUCAUCUUGCCAGCCCUCAGAUCUGUGAGCAGGGCUGUGCAGCCUUGUGCAUGCUGGCCUUGCGCAAGCCAGAGAACUGUAAAGUCAUCAUGGAAGGUGGAGGGGCCCUGGUAGCUCUUCAGGCCAUGAAGGUGCAUCCAAGAGAAGUGGCUGUGCAGAAACAGGCCUGCAUGCUGAUCCGGAACCUGGUCUCCCGGAACCGGGACUUCUCUCAGGCUAUCCUGGAGAUGGGAGCUGAGGACUUGAUUGUGCAGGCUCGUACGGUGCACCAGGACUGUGACGACAUAGCCAAAGCUGCCUUGAGAGACCUUGGCUGUAAAGUGGACCUCCGAGAGCUGUGGACAGGUCAAAAGGGAAGCCUGGCUCCCUAAACCACUGCCCCCGAGAUCCUUGGAAGCUUGGGACAUCUCAGUAUGCAGCAUCUACAGGCAAACGUGGCAUCAAAUAAUCUGCACUUAAAACUGGCCCUGAGCAGCUGAAGAGAAUUCCUGGCCUGUGAGGCUAUCGUGGUGUGGGCUGUACUACUCAGGGGCAUCUAAGCUGUUGCUGAGAUGGCUUUGUCUGUGUAUAUAGGCUACAGAUAUACAGAACUUGUUGUGAUGAUCUACUCUCUCUACAACUUGAUGCCUGGGAAAGACCUACUUCUCCCCUCCCCCCACAUUGCUGUGUUACUUAUUUAUGGGCUGUUCCUGUGUGUGUCUGUCCAUGUUGUGAUCCAAAGUAGAUCUCUUCCUGCAGCAGUUUGGCAUCUACCAUUUUAACCAGCCUUGUCCUACCUCCUGACCCCUGCUCUAUGCCACUGGUGGCUAGCUGUCCCAAAGACUAUUUGAGGGAGAUGACACCAACAUAGUGAAUGUCCCGUCCUAUCCCAAUGCUGUUACUAGCGUGCUAUGCAUUGUCUCACUGGGUUGGCUAUCUCCAUUUCCAUCCGAUACAGCAUUUUAAACAAAUGCAAGGUAUUGGCUGGAAACGUCAUGGCCCCGUGCGUCACAUUUAUAAUCGGUGAGCUUCCAGAAACAAAUGUAAGACGAUAGGAUUGUUCCAACUGUGAACAAUCAAAUGAUAGGUGUGAGAGAGAGCUUUGGGGGCAGGGGAAAAAUAGCUGGCUGUGCCACAGUGUUGUGCUACCAGAGAGCCAGCCACAUUUUGAGUCCUUUGCUGGGAUCACCAGACGUACUCUUCCAGAGCCGAGACUCUUGGAUAGUAGUUGCCUGCUCUUAUCAACAGGCCAUAGCUCCCCUGGGAGAGGGCAGACACUAUAUUUGGAGGAAAGGGGGGAGGGUGGAAAAGAUGACAUGCUUUGGGGCAUUUUAAACUGAUUAUGCCAAGUGUGUAAGUAAAUGCUGCUGCUGCUGUGUGGUGUCUACCUGUAAGGCAGCAAAAGACGUGACCGCUUUGGAAGCCCUACAGGCACUAAUUCCGUGUGCGGUGUAUGUUUGCAAUAGCUGCCUACAUCCCUUUCUCCAUUGCUUUUUCUGGCGAAAGCUGCAUCCAUCUGUCUGUCUCUCUGCAAUCUCCGUUCAAUAAAGCCUGCCAGGCUGCACUCGA